AAUGUUAAACAAAUUCAAAUUCUGCUGUAAAACAGCUCUAUAAUGUUAAUAGUAUUAUUGUUUAACUCAAGUUAGUUCAGUAUUGAUUCAAUUCUGUUCAGUUGUAUACUUUUCCCUAUCCCAAAAACCUGAUUGGUUGAUAGGAAUGUUAUGGCCUUCUUUGCAUAAUCAUUUUCAAUGUUAGUGUAGGUAUUGAACAUUUGCAGUAUUCAUGUGCUAAAAUCAGUGGCUGCACACACCAGCAUGGGCCACAAAUGUCAAAGCUUGCAGCCGGACAUGUGCUGUCUGAGCUCAGUUAUUCUGUUUUUCUUCAUUCAUGUUUUAUAUUCCUCACUUGGGUUUAGAAAACAUUCACUUAGAAAACAACCUCUUCACCACAUUGUGUAACUCAUCAGUGAACUCAUGUGAUUGGAGGAUUGUGGUAACAGAGGCGGGACCUCUUUCGGGUGGUGGGAGGAACCGUGGUUUUGAGUGGCAGUAUAAGGAAUGACAGCGUUAUGCAGACAGGUACAGUGGGACAGUGAGCAGGCGUCGUCAUAGUGAGCAGAGCAUCUUCGGCUGUUUCCAAGGCAACAGAGCACAGCGACACUGGGAUUACAUGAGUAUAGAAGAAUAUUUUGAAGAAGAUGAAGAACCACCUUUACUGCUCUGCUCCUGUCUGUCUGAUUCUGCUGGAGUUAUGGGGGACAUUAGCGGCGCAGUGUCGGUGGGAGGACGGGUGUGCGUGUCCGCUCUGUCCAGCUGGGCAGGAGCCCACCACGGCUUGUGGGGAAGUUGAGGGUCCCAUUAAGGUUCCCAGUGAGGCCGGAUUGUGCCGGACUUGCCCAGCAGGCACCUUCUCUGAUAACCGUGACACUGAGCCGUGCCGCCCACAUAUCUCCUGCAGUGGACUCAACCGCUGGAUCUCGACCGCACCGACCUCACACUCUGACGCCGUGUGUGGAGGAUGCCUUCCCGGGUUUCACCCUGCUGCUAAACGGAAGUCCUCCACCCUCCACGCCUGCGUCAGGAAGCCAUACAGCCGUCGGAGACGUAACGUUGUUAGGAGCACCCCUAACAGGUCUGGAGUGGGAGGUGCAAACUCCACCAACGUUCAAAGUCCAGAGGAGAAGAGCACGGAGUAUGCUGUGUUUGCACUAGUGCCCAUCUUCUGUGUGAUGGGCCUGCUGGGAAUUUUCAUCUGCAACCUGCUCAAGAAGAAGGGAUACCGCUGCAAUGCAGAGAAAGAGGGCAUAGACGCAGAAGCCGCCACUCCGCAGAAAGAAGGAAACCCUUGUCCUUACAUCGUUGAUGACCCCAAUGAAGACACCAUAAGCAUUCUGGUGCGGCUCAUCACGGAGAAGAAAGAAAACGCUGCUGCUCUGGAAGAACUUCUGCAGGAAUAUGAGGAUAAACAGAUGGCCCUCAACAAGAGCUCAUCCAUCAAGUUUCCGGCUCUUCCUCAUUUCUCCCAGUUCCGUUCGUUGCCCCGGCUGUGUACCCACCAGCAUCAUUUGCACACUAUAAACGGGCUGGCCUCACGCUCCGGGCUCUGCUGUUCCCGCUGCAGUCAGAAGAAAUGGCCCGAGCUGCUGCUGCCCGCCCUGGCGCUGCCCGCCGAUACGCACAAGAGCCCUACUAACGUGGUCAAGACGCCAGAGGUCACCAUCCUGUCUGUAGGAAGGUUUCAAGUUGCUCAGAUCCCAGAAAUGAAAUCAGCAUCCAAGGAAGUGACCCAACCGGAAUCGAGCGAUACCGACUCCAUGGACAGCGGCCACACCGAGCUGGCGGAAGAGUGCUCGCUGCUGGGCGUGUCCUGUUCCUCUAAUUCCUCCUCCUCAAAGUGCAGACAGGAGAUGAACAUAUGAAAGGUUGGAGAAGGACAUCCACUGACAGGACGCGACCCUUAUGCGGAUGACAUCAUUCUUAGGCGACCGAUCAGGGCAGAUAUGUGGCGGUGAUGUCAGUAUUCACCACCUUGAGGAGCCUUGAAUUCAAGACCUUAGAAAACAUUCGUAUUUAUUGCAUAAGUCAUAGAACUAUUUUAUUAAAAUACAAUAAGCUCUCUCUCUCUCUGCUAGCAGAUAAUAUGAGACCGAAGGGCAUUUACUCAAAAGACACUAAAGAUGUCUUAAGUGCAGCCUCUGCUGCCGAUUGACUUGUCGCACAAUCAAAAACAAUGAGACACCAGAGAGACAGUCUCUCCAGUUAAGAAGUAUUAUGAGAAACAAGUUUGAAUUACAUCUCUGUCAUUUUUUUUAUUUUUUGUUCUUUUUGUUUUGUCUUUUAGUAUUUAAGAUUUCAAGUUGCAUAUGUACAGUCAUGGUCAAAAGUUUGCAAACACCUUGUUUUUUUAUUCAUAAUAAUUUAAGCAAAAACCUGCAUACAACUGUCAAUUUCUUAUAUUGUUUAAUAAAAAUAAGUAUUCUGCAGUUUUUACACCUGUACCUCAUAUAUUCAAACAAUAGUACAGGAUAUAUGUGUACAAAAAUAUUUAUUUACUUAAGCAAAGAUGGUUUACACUAAUUCACCAACUUAAAAUCUUUGCUAAUAGAGUGAAUGUGCUUUAUGUGAUGUUUAAACUACACGACUGAUGAACUGCAGACCAAAACCAUAAAUGUGUGAAUGUCAUUAUAUUAGAUGAGAGAGUUCAUCAAAUUAACUAUAAACAUGUUCCACUAACAACAAACACUCUUUAGAUCUAUUGUUUUAUCAUUUCAAACUUAUUUUUGUCAAUUGAUAUGCUUGAUAAGUGUACUAAUGUCUUUCAUUCAAAUAAAUGCUGCUUGGUUUGUGAUGA